AUGAAGGUUUUUCUAUCUGGUGGAUCUGGCUUCAUAGCCGCUCACGUCCUCGACAUCCUCCUCGAACACGGACACGAAGUAAUUACCUCCGUACGCUCCCAAUCUAAAGCCGAUGCCAUCAAGAACGCCCACCCAGAUACGCCCUCCUCCAAGCUAUCCUUCAAGAUCGUCCCUGACAUCGCCCAAGAAGGUGCCUUCGAUGAAGCGCUCAAGAUUGACGGUCUCGAGGCAGUAAUCCAUACCGCUUCCCCUUUCCACUUCAACGUCACAGACACAAAGAAAGACCUCCUCGACCCAGCCAUCAUUGGCACCACAGGGAUCCUCAAAGCCAUAAAAGCAUACGCACCUUCUGUCAAACGGGUCGUCAUAACCAGCUCCUUCGCUUCCAUCGUCGACGGCGCGAAAGGAAACACCUGGUCUGAACACACCUACUCCGAAGCAGAUUGGAACCCCGUAACCCUCGAGCAAGCGCUGGAAAAUCCCUCCAACGGCUACCGAGCCUCCAAAACCUUCGCCGAGAAAGCAGCCUGGGAGUUCAUCGAGAAAGAGAAACCCAAUUUCACAAUCGCUACCAUGUGUCCACCUCUCGUCAUCGGUCCUAUCGUGCAUUACCUCAACUCCCUAGACGCAUUGAACACAAGCAACCAACGCACGCGCGACUGCAUGACGGGCAAAUGGAAGAAUGGGAUCCCCGACACGGGAACCUUCAUCUGGGUUGACGUGCGCGAUCUCGCGCUGUGUCACGUCCUAGCCAUCGAGAAGGAGGAGGCGGCGAACAAGCGCUUCUUUAUCACCGAGGGAUACUUCAGCAAUCGCGAGAUUGCGGAGGUAAUCCGCAAGAACUUUCCGGAGCUGGAGGAUAAGUUGCCGGGGAAGGAUGUCGAGGGUGGUGAUUACCCUGGGAAGGGGAAGGAGAGUUUGUUCAAGAUUGAUAAUAGUAGGACGAAGGAGGUGCUUGGGGUGAAGUUUGGAGGGUUUGAGAAGAGUAUUGUGGAUUUGGUUAAGAGUUUGAAAGCUGUGCAAUAG